CGUCGGCCCUGUUCUCCUCUGCUUUGUUGCAAAUUGGCAAAAACAGUUAAUAGUAUCUGUUGCCGUCCUAACCUUCUUUGCAAUUGAAAAGCUUUUAGUUUUUUUUUGUUUGUUUAUAACCGACCAAGCAUGUCUGCUGUUGAUCCGGAAGAUGAGCUCGUCGCUGAGCCUGCCGAGGGAUACGUCGUCGGUCAAAAGAAGACCGUGGAGGAGUACGUCUCUUUAGACAACAACGACGAGUCGCUUCGAAAGUGGAAAGAGUCCUUGGGCCUCACCAGCGAUGCCACCACCGGCUCAAUUGGAGAGCCAGGUGACAAGCGCAAGGUCGUUAUCCUCAAGCUGGAGCUCGAGUUCCGCGACCACCCCACCAUCUCUGUUGAUCUGUCCGCAAAGUCCGCUCUGGAGGCCUUGAAAAACAAACCUCUGGUCAUCAAAGAGGGCUCCCGCUACAAGGUUCGCAUCCGAUUCCGCGUCCAGCACGAGAUCAUCACCGGUCUGCGAUACUUGCAGCUGGUGAAGCGGAAAGGAAUCAAGGUCGACAAGAGCGACGAGGUCUGCGGAAGUUACUCGCCAAACACCGAGCAAAAGCCAUACUACGAAAAGACAUUCCUCGAAGAAGAAGCACCGUCGGGAAUGCUCGCCCGCGGCACUUACGAUAUGACGUCCAAGUUCGUCGACGACGAUAACACGACACAUUUGCUCUUCACCUGGCAGCUCAGUAUCAAAAAGUCCUGGGACUAAGGUGGUAGCGUGCCUGACGAACUGAAUGAUAAAAACUCUUCCUUUUUGUAAACCAAUAACUCUCAAUUGUCCAUGCUCGAUCUAUUAAGCAGUAAACCCAUC